AUGCCUUUAAAGGCUGAACUAAAUGAAUUACAACCUGGUGAUUCCUUCUCUGUAGCGUUGCAAAGAUUUUUAACACUAGAGAAAAAGUUUCAAAGAAACAACUUGUAUCUAGAACAGUAUAAACAGUUUAUUGAAGAGUACAUAAAAUUGGGGCAUGCUAAAAUAGUAGACAUAGGUGAAUAUGAUGUCCAAUGUGGGUCUGUUUACUUCCUGGCUCAUCAUGCUGUUUUAAAUAUGGACAGUUUAACAACAAAGUUGCGUGUAGUAUUUGAUGGUAGUAUGAAGUCUAAGUCUGGGGUCUCUUUAAAUGAUGUCAUGAUGAAUGGUCCGGUGGUUCAAAGUGAACUAUUUGAUAUCCUUCUUCUGUGGAGGACCUUUAUUUACACCCUUAGUUGUGAUAUUACUAAAAUGUUUAGGGCUAUUCGGUUGAAUUCGUCUCAAACCACCCUCCAAAAUAUUCUUUGGCGUGACAACCCCAGCUUGCCCAUCAGGUGUUUACAGCUGCAAACUGUUACUUACGGAUUGAAGGCAUCCACCUUUUUAGCUACACGCUGCCUUACAGAGUUAGCCCAUAGAUUUCAAAAGGAAUAUCCACUAGCGGCGGAAGCCUUGUUUAAGGGUACAUUCGUUGAUGAUGUAAUUUCAGGCUCACAUGAUGAGGAUCAGCUGGUAGCGCUAAAAAAUCAGUUGAUUCAGUUAUUACAGAAGGGGAGUUUCGAUCUCCACAAGUGGUGCUCGAAUAUAGCUAAAGUACUUGACGAUAUUCCUGAUGAGAAAAAGUAUUUUGAAGAACUUGAUAUUAAUAGGAGUAACAUUGUUAAGACAUUAGGCUUGAAGUGUGACAUUUUGAAUGAUCAAUUGACAUUCACAUCUCCAAGUACCGAUUGUACUGAAAUUCAAACAAAGCGUAAAGUUAUAAGUUUCAUUGGGAGAAUGUUUGAUCCAUUAGGACUUAUUGCUCCAAUUAUAGUGAUAGCUAAACUCCAAAUGCAAAAAUUAUGGUCUAUGAAUAUAAACUGGGACUCUAUAUUGCCCCAAGAACAACUUCAUAGUUGGAUAUCAUUUUUAGAUAGUUUACAAGUCAAUGGGGACUCUUACUGUUCCGAGAUAUGUGAACAGUCAUACAAACAUUUGUGCUGA